UAGUUGGUAAGUUAAUUUGUUAACUUCAGAAGUUGGUAAGUUAAUUUAUUAACUUCAGUAGUUGGUAAGUUAAUUUGUUAACUUCAGAAGUUGGUAAGUUAAUUUGUUAACUUCAGAAGUUGGUAAGUUAAUUUGUUAACUUCAGUAGUUGAACUGAAAUUGUGUUGAAGCCAGAAUAAUGGUCAAGUUUCUUUCUCAAGUGGACAGUGAGGCCUCAGUAACUCCCAUGUUAGACAUUUUGAAGGAAAAGAAGAAAAAGAAAAAGGUGAAGGAAGUUGAAGAAUCAGAAUACACAACCUAUGAAAACCUACAACCUGAAGAACCUGAGGAGUUAUUGCCAAAAAAGAAGAAAAAGAAGAAAAGGAAGCAUGAAGAAAACUGGGAGACGACUAACUUAAGCAUGGACAACCAAGAGGAUGUUGAAGCAGAGAACCAGAUAAUGGAAACAGUGGUAAAAGAAAAGACGAAGAAAAAGAAGAAACACAGGUUAGAAAAUGAGGUACAAGAAGAAAAUGCUGGAUUUAUAAAACCUGAAGAAUGUAAAGAAAAGAUGCAAUCGGAAGUUUCUCUGCCCCAGACACCAGAGACAACUCGUGUCACAACUCCAAAAAAGCGUCCACUUGACCAAGAAAGUACAUCAAAAAAGAAGAAACGCAGAAGUCUUGAUUUAUCAAACAAGGAAAUGAACAUAGAGCCUGAAGAGGAUGCUGGGAAGGAUGAGAUUUUGGAGUCUCAAAGUUGGACGAAAGAUGACAAGUUACGGCUUUUAAAUAACAUGAAGGCACAAUUACCCCAGAAGGAUAAAGAGAGUUACAGCACAAGACUCAAAGACAUCGAUUGGGAAAAAGCGGCAUUUGGGAAUUUUACAGCUGGUGACUGUAAAAGUCAUUUUGGAGAAAUUUUAACAGAGAUUAAAUCGGUGAAGACACUCGCCAUGGUUUUGGAUGAGGUUACAGAAAACAUGACAGAACUCGACUUAAAGAAGAGGAAAGUCUUGUUGCCUAUUCAUCGUUUCAUAAGAGACAAUUCAGAUAGAAGUCAUAAGAAGCAAUUCACCAAUGGGGGUAAUGGUUUUGUAAAUCUGGCUAAAGCUUGGAAAAAUUUGCCUGAGGAAGAAAAAGAAGCGUAUAGAAAGCCAUUUCAAGAGGAGCUUGGGGAGGAGCGUGCAAAGUUACCUUCGAAAUAUUCACAUAGGUAAGUAUCAUAAUCUGUUG